UCUCCAAGCAUGUCACCUGCCUACACAUAUUCUCUAUUAGCUGAAUGCUUUCUUCUUUUUAGCUAUCUUCACAUUUACUCCAGGUAGAACGAUGUUGGUAUAGUAUAGCGUAAUAGCCGAGUGAUGUUGGCAAUCUGUAGGUGAGGUGAUGUAAGAAGAGAGUUGAAAGUUCAGUAAAUCUUAUUGUUCCUUCAUAGUACAAGCCAAGGAUGUGGAAUUUGUCGUAAUGUGAAUAUGAUGAGUUGGCAAACAGAAAAAUUUUACCCUGCCAGGAUUCAAACCCUAGUUGUCCAACCAGUAGUCUAGUCUGAUUGUUCCAGUUUUGUGAAGCUGAAAUCAUGAACACAUCACUGACUGCAAAGGAAAUUCGCAAAGCAUUCAUUGAUUUCUUUAUUCAAAAGAAGCAACAUGAAUAUGUUCAUUCAUCAUCAACGAUUCCACUGGAUGAUCCAACUCUGCUUUUUGCCAAUGCUGGCAUGAAUCAGUUCAAGCCAAUUUUCCUGGGUACUGUUGACCCCAACAGUGAUAUGGCAAAAUGGCUAAGAAUUGUUAACACCCAGAAAUGCAUUCGAGCUGGUGGCAAGCACAAUGACCUGGAUGAUGUUGGAAAGGAUGUGUACCAUCAUACGUUCUUUGAAAUGUUGGGAAACUGGUCCUUUGGAGACUAUUUUAAGAAAGAGAUUUGUACAUGGGCUUGGGAACUUCUCACUCAAGUGUUUAAACUCCCCGCUGACCGUCUUUAUGUAACUUAUUUUGGAGGGGAUGAAUCUGCUGGUCUAGAACCUGAUGAAGAAUGUAAACAAAUAUGGAUCAGUUUAGGCCUCCCACCUUCUCAUGUAUUACCUGGCAACAUGAAAGAUAAUUUCUGGGAGAUGGGAGAGACUGGCCCUUGUGGUCCUUGUUCAGAGCUGCAUUUUGAUCGGAUUGGUGAUCGUGAUGCAGCUUACCUGGUGAAUCAAGAUGACCCUGAUGUACUGGAAAUUUGGAAUCUUGUGUUCAUCCAGUUCAACAGAGAAUCAGACUGUAGUUUGAAGUCGCUUCCCAAGAGGCAUAUAGACUGUGGAUUGGGACUGGAGCGACUGGUUUCUGUCAUCCAGGAGAAACGUUCUAACUACGAUACAGAUCUGUUUCUGCCUCUGUUUCAUGCAAUUCAGAAAGGCACUGGGGUACCACCAUACAGAGGUCGUGUUGGCAGUGAUGAUGAUGAUGGUGUGGACAUGGCUUAUCGUGUUUUGGCAGACCAUGCUCGGACUUUGACCAUAGCUUUGGCAGAUGGAGGACAUCCUGACAAUACUGGUCGAGGUUAUGUUUUGAGGCGCAUUCUGCGGCGAGCUGUCAGGUAUGCUACAGAAAAGCUGAAUGCCAAACCUGGAUUUUUUGCAACUCUUGUUAACACAGUUGUAGAGAUACUUGGGGAUACAUUUCCAGAGGUUAGGAAGGAUCCACAGAGUAUUAUAGAUAUGAUAAAUGAUGAAGAAGCACAGUUCCUUAAGACUUUGACUAGAGGACGUAACCUGCUCAACCGGACCAUUGUGAAGCUGGGUAAUUCCAAAACUGUUCCAGGUGAUGUGGCAUGGAGACUGUACGAUACCUACGGGUUCCCAGUUGAUUUAACACAGCUGAUGUCUGAGGAGAAGGGCCUUGCUGUUGACAUGGAUGCGUAUGAGGAUGCAAAGAAACAGGCUCAGAUUUUGUCACAAGGUAAAGGAGGAUGGUAUGAUGAUAAACUUAACUUAGAUAUCCAUGCCAUUAAUGAGCUCCAAGAACAAGGUGUUCCUCGAACUAAUGAUUUAGCAAAGUACAACUAUCAUGCUACGUCUGAAGAUAAAGAUGCAGAAUAUGUGUUUGAGGCUUGUUCUGCCAUUGUGAUAAGACUGCGGCAUUCCAAGAAGUUUAUGGAUUGUGUGACCUCAGGGAAUGAGUGUGGUGUUCUGCUGGACAGGACUUCUUUCUAUGCAGAACAAGGAGGACAAAUUUAUGAUGAAGGCUUCUUAGUCAAAGUUGGAGAUGAGAGUGUAGAAUUCUCUGUAAAGAAUGUGCAGAUUCGAGGUGGAUACAUACUGCAUAUUGGCACCGUAGAAGGAACGCUCCGUGUUGGAGAUGAGGUGUCAUUACAUAUUGACACAUCUCGGAGACGCCUGGUUAUGAACAACCAUACAGGGACCCAUGUGUUGAAUUUUGCUUUGCGGUCUGUGCUGGGGACAGAGGCAGAUCAGAAGGGUUCUCUUGUAGCACCUGACAGGCUACGUUUUGACUUUACAAACAAGGGUGCCAUGUCUGUUGAGCAAGUAAAAGCUACAGAAAUUCAGUCCAAUGAUCUGAUUGAUCGAAAUGAGCCUGUUUAUGCUAAAGAAGCAAGCUUGGCUGUUGCAAAGACAAUCCAAGGCCUCCGUGCAGUAUUUGAGGAGACAUAUCCAGAUCCCGUUAGAGUGGUGUCUAUAGGAAUCCCUGUUGAGAAACUGGAGGAUGACCCAUAUGGACCAGCAGGCAGCAAUACUUCAAUUGAAUUUUGUGGUGGAACACAUUUACAUCGAGCUGGACAUAUUGGAAGAUUUGUUAUCACAAGUGAAGAAGCAAUUGCCAAGGGAAUUAGAAGAAUUGUGGCCCUUACAGGACCUGAAGCAUUGAAGGCUUUGAAGAAGACAGAGUUGCUUGAAAAUGAGUUGAACAACUUGAUAUCUUUGCUGAAAAGUGAUGAUGUUAAGAUCAGCAACAAGGACCUUGUGAAGAAAAUUGUGGAACUCAAUGAUGAUGUCUCCCAUGCUACUAUACCAUAUUGGAAAAAGGAGGACAUGAGAUCAUGUUUGAGGCACCUGAAGAAACAGUUGGAUGACAAGGAUCGGGCCAGCAAAGCUGCAGUUUGUGCUGAUGUUGUAGAAGAAGUUAAAGCCUUGUUUGCUGCUAACCCAAAGACACCGAUCAUUGUACAAGAACUGAAAGCUUAUUCAAAUACAAAGGCACUUGAUGGGGCUCUGAAGCAAGUAAAAGCAUUGUCUCCAGAAACAUCUGCAAUGUUCUUCAGUGUAGAUUCAGAAUCGAAAAAGAUCGUUUGUCUCUCUGCAGUGCCUAAAAAUGCUGUGAACAAAGGACUGAAGGCCAAUGAGUGGGUUCAACAAGUCUGUGGUCUUAUGCAAGGGAAGAGUGGAGGUAAACCUGAGUCAGCUCAAGCUUCAGGGUCAAAUAUUUCCUGUCUGCAAGAGGUUCUCAGCAUUGCCACACAAUUUGCGAAUGUGAAGUUAGAUACUGGCAGUAGAGGGGCUGAAAUAGAUGGUCCAGUGUAGCACAGGCUGUCUAGCUGAUGUGGAUGUACUAAAUUUCUUUAAUGGCCGACAAGAACCAGGUUUACAAUUAUUUUAUAUGGUUUUCAUUCAAGUAUAAUUUCUUUUAAUAUAAAAGUACAUACACACUUAAAGCUGAAGUACACAUUCAUGAAUCAAUUUUGUGUGAGAGUGCUGACUCACUUUGAUACAUGUAUUUGGCAUAUUUUUGAACUUUAUUUUCCUGUGUUGGUCAUGGUUCCAUUACCUGACAUUACCCCAGGUAAUGGAGACUGUUAUUUAAUAAGAAAUUCCAACAUAAUUUGUGUCUUACGAAUGUAAGGAAAAUUGUAAUUUUUCUAACUUAAAGCCAGAGGUAGCAAAUUUAGUCCAUUAAUCUAUAUCCAAAAUAUUCACACAGCAAGAAUAUGAUGAAUCAUUGAAUAAAAGAAGAAACAAUCCAGUCCAGUUAACUUUAUUGCUUAGAAUUAUCUCUGUUUCAACUCUGAAACUGCAUAUUACUGUGUUGAAAUGUGUUAACACAACAUAAAAUACUUAAAUGUGUACACAACAUAAUACCCUUUUAUCAUUAGUAGCUACAACGUUUGUCUUAUUGUGUAAAAAACACAUACUUCAUAUCUUGAAGUAUAUGUCAGAAUGUAGCAGGCAUUCUUAUGAAGUGAUGUUUGUACUGUCCAAGCUCGGUGGGAAUUCAUUUUUGUCAGUAACCUUUAGAAGUGAAAUUUUGUUUUCAAAACCUGGUAGUCCAGAGCAGAGUUUCUAUUUGUGGAAUAAAUAUGCAGAUACAGCAGAG